GUGUACGGGCGAUUCUGGUUGGAAUUUAUGUGAUUUUUUUUAGUAGUCAUAUCGGAUUUUUCGAAUGAUGAGUACGUAUACGAUUUGGGGCAUUGAUUGCUCUUCUCUCCCCCAACUUUUACCUUCUUUCCUUAAUUGCGGAGGAUUCGAGAAGAUCUUGUUCCUUGUGGGGCUUUUACUCAUUGGGUUCUCUUCCCAUUUAGCCACAAUGUGUGUAUGUAUGUGUGUGAAAUAUAUCUUUUCUUCUCUAUAGGCAAGGAAUUGGGCUAUUUGUUACAGCAACAUUUGUGCCUUUUGCGUUCUUCAUGUGCAAAAAUGGCAGGUCAAUUUUUCUAUGGGACAGGAUGUGACUUUGGAAUUUGAGAAUCAUUCCCAAUCAAGGCAUACUCGCAAAAUUGUUCAACCCUCUUGUCGCAGCAAGGAAAAAGCAGAAGAUUGUAAGAAAAAAAGACAAACAACUAGCAGAUAUUACCAUUUGAAAAGUUCAGAUGGCGACUUUAGAGAAUUACCCCUUGACCGCAUCCCAAAUUUCCAUUGCAAAAGCUUACCUUCCAGAACCUUCGAACCGAAUCUGGAAGAAAACGCAGUGCUAAAACGUGGCUCUAUGUAUCAGAGCUCCAGAGAAGUAAGGAGGAUGAGAAAGCUCAAGGAGGGAAGGAGGAAAAUAGAUUCAGCUUAUGAUGAAGGCGCAUUUCUCUCCUUUAAGAUUGUCGAUUCAGUGUCUCAACCCAGCACAAGCGAAAUACUUCCGCUAUGCAAGGAGAACAGAUCGCCUCUCGUCGCCUUGUAUGCUGAACCAAAGUCAUCUUCUUCUGACCCAGCUCACCCAAUCACUGGAAGAUCCGUGGAAUUUCUUGAUCUUUCAUUCCGUGAUCUUCCUGAGAAGCGCUUGAAAGGUGAUGAUACUUCAAGCCCAGAUUUCAGUUUUCAGAAAAUGCACUUAUUAGAUGAACUGUUGGAGAUCUCUCUUGACUAUGAGGAGACUAAAAGUCAUUGCAGAAGAGCAGCCCCUGGCAAAAGCUUUCCUGAAACAGACACAGUAGGUGCUCUUCCCAAGUCAUUUUCGACCAAGGUAGGACUAGUUGAUUCUCCUAGCCAACCGGAGGUCGUCAUUAAAAAUGCAACCUCAAAAGCUCGACCAAGCCCAUUCAAGAGGAUGUUGGACCCAAUCAUGAAGUCCAAAUCUAUGAGAAGCUCAUCUCUCCUUGAACCGGAAUCAGCUAAUUUGACUGAUCCUGUGAACGUCAGGAGGAACGGAAUCUCUCGUAAAUCUUUGUUGAACGACUUCUCGAAGGCAACAAAAAAUUUGGAGUCUACUCAUCAGUCUGUUGGGGAAGAUCGAUUCAUGACAACUGCUUCUUCACCUGCUCAUCUACAUGCUGUUCUUAAGUUGGACUUCAACAACGGCGUCCCAUCUUUCGAGUUCUCCACUAAGUACCCAGAAGAUGUUCUUUCUGCAAAAGCAUGGAAAACAGGAAAUGCAUAUAACUGGGUCUACACCUUCCAUAGUUAUAACAGGAGGAUUAGUAGCGGGGGACGAUCUAGCAAAGAUAAGCAUGGGCAUUCACCUCCGAUUGUUGGCCAAAUGCAGGUCUCCUGUUAUCUGUGCUCAGAAGUAAGAGACGAUGGAGUUUUGAGUAACUCCACUGUAACCGAGUUUGUUUUAUACGACAUUGCUCAGGCCAGACGGAGCUUUGCUGUUGAAGAGAGAACUCAGUACUCAUCAAGUUCAGUUCACCCUUCCACAUCUAGUGUUGCUGAAAACUUGGGCACAUCGGAACAGCAACACCACUUAGGAGACACUUUAAAUAGUAGCUGUGAUUAUCCUGCCUCUACCUCUUACCCAUGGUCACAAUCAGAUUUACAUCCGCAUCUGGAAAUUGCGGCUAUUGUUAUUCAAAUACCUUUUAACAAAAAAGACUGCUUACGAGAACUGAAGAGACGAGGGGUCAAUUUACCAAAUGCCACUUCUGUUGAUCAGAGAAGGGAGACGACCACGAAUAUCUCGUGUCCUAAUGUGGUAAAAGUGGUUACUCCUAGCGGGCCUCACGGAUUGCCUAAUGGUGACGAUGCGGGUCCUUCUUCGUUAUUAGAUAGAUGGAGAUUCGGCGGAGGCUGUGACUGUGGUGGGUGGGACAUGUCCUGUCCAGUUGUUGUGUUUGAGAAUCCAUGUGAUGAUGAUUGGGCUAACUGCUUGACAAUGGAGAGCAAGAAACCAUUGGAGCUUUUUGUUCAGGGAAGCAAGGAAAAGAUACCUGCACUAUCCAUAAUGGCCGAUGGAAAAGGACAAUAUUCGAUUUACUUUCAUGCGCAACUAUCGGCAUUACAAGCGUUUUCCAUCUGCAUCGCCAUGUUACACUGUUCCGAAGCUUCUUCAGCUGUUGUUGGUCAAGAGAAGAACAAGCACAAGUUGUACUCGAAUUCGCUGAAGCUGCUCCUCGAGGAAGAAGUGAGACAGUUGAUCGAAGCAGUCGCGCUCGAAGAAAAGAAGAAGACCAAAAAGAAAGCGGAGCAGAUCCCGCCGGCUUUCUUGCUCGACCCGCCCUUUUCUCCGAUGGGAAGAGUCUAGAGAACGAACGGAUAUAUGGAGGAAGAAUUAUUGCGGGAAUCGAAGAGAAUUAGCGAGGGAUAUGGGUGCUCAAAUUAUUUUUUGUAUCCUUUGUUCAUGUGAAUUUUGUGUUUCAACUCCUGUUCAUAUUAUUUAUAGUGGUCACAGGCAGCAGCGUCCAUAUGUUUUUGUAGCUUGUAGUGAGAAAAAGGGUGUUACAUUCUAUGAAUGGUGCGCAAAUGUGGCACUUUGGAGCCAGAAGCCAUCUUCUGAAAUAAAUAGAAUUAUUAUGCCUAUCAGUUCCAGAUUUC